GAGGACCACCAAAGACGAGUCCGUGACUGGUGAGACCACGAGUAGGACUACUAACAAUAAACAAACAAGAAAUUAUACGAAUAAGUUGAGCAACACGCUUGAUUUGUGGGGUAAAGAAGGCGUUUUUCCUGAGGCUGUGAGUAUCAAAAUCGUCCUUGACGAACUCGAAGCGCAUUCAACUAGUAAGGCCGAUUGGGACUCGAAGUUGCAGGCUUCUUUCGGUCUGCAGGACCCAGGUGCAACGGAGCAAACAAAGCACUUCAAAGACCUUUUUGACAAUGCAGAUGCAGAUGGAGAUGUUCAGCACCACGACCGUGGUACUGCUACUGCUGAAGGUUCUUCGACUUUGAUGCAGCCAAGAAGAGACGAGAACCCAGCAGAUACUGGUACUACAGAGCAGGAGGGACAAGUUUCAGGUAUACCUCCAGAACUGCCCAUUGUUUUGCC